CCAUCAUCACCAUCAUAUCAUCAUCUACAUACAUGCAUCAUCUGAGUGUUGUGUUGUGUUGUGUUGUGUUGUGUUGAAUUGGGUGGACAAGACUGACACGACAAGGAACGCAGCAGCUCACAAUGCUAACCCUCAAUCUCAAUGCUAUUUCUUCUUCGUUCUCAAUUGUUCCAUUUCAUGCCAAUUAUCCUCUGUCUACUCAAACACAAUUGUUAUUUCCUUCCAAUUUUAAUUACUCCAUUGCUACUACAGCAACCAGAAAGUUCAAGUCUUUUCAGCUCAAGGCUGGAUUUUGGGAAUCAAUUAAAUCUGGGUUGAUGAAAGAUAACUCAAUGCAAGUCAUUGAUCCACCCUCUAUAGAUGAAGAAGAUGAAGAACCUAUGCCUCAAGAGUUUGUCCUUGUGGAAAAGACAGAACCUGAUGGAACAAUUGAACAAAUAAUAUUCUCUUCAGGUGGAGAUAUUGAUGUAUAUGAUCUUGAAGCCCUCUGUGACAAGGUAGGGUGGCCACGUAGACCACUGUCAAAAUUAGCUGCGGCUUUGAAAAAUAGCUAUAUAGUGGCCUCACUUCAUUCUAUAAGAAAGUCGCCUGGGUCAGAGGGGGAUGAACAGAAGAGAUUAAUUGGCAUGGCCCGUGCUACGUCUGACCAUGCCUUCAAUGCCACAAUUUGGGAUGUUCUAGUUGAUCCUAGUUACCAGGGCCAAGGUCUUGGUAAAGCUCUUAUAGAGAAACUGAUUAGAGCUCUUCUGCAAAGGGACAUUGGCAAUAUAACUCUGUUUGCAGAUAGUAAAGUUGUGGAAUUUUAUCGCAAUUUAGGCUUUGAAGCUGACCCAGAGGGCAUAAAAGGCAUGUUUUGGUACCCCAAUCACUAAUUGAAAUUCCACAAAGCUUGCUUUUUCUGAUGUCAACGUUGCAAUUUGCAACAACAAAGUAUAUAUAACAGAGAAGCAGUGUCAAAUUUACCUAUUACUUGUAAGAUUAAGGUACAAAGAUUGGAUGGCAACCCUGUGAUUGAUUAUUGCGAUAGUGUUAACAAGUUAUUCUUUUUCUUUUUUUUUAAGUUUCACUACUUUUGAUUAUAAUAUCCUGCUUUAUAUUUGCAAAA